CCCAACACAAAUCUCGCGCGCGCGCUCAUCUCACCCGCCAAACCCACGAAAUCAAACAAACCAAACCAAACCAAACCACCAACCACCCACCACCAUGGUCGGCGAUCCGCGCCACGCCGGCGUAGGCCGCGGCUUCAUGCCCCGGAACUACUCGCAUGGGCGCGGCGGCGCAGGCAACAUCGGCAAGCCAGAGCGACCAUCAUCGCUCUCCCCGCGUCCCACCGACCUUGCGACCCCGACCAUCAAAGCGCCAACCUACACGACGGGCCGCGGCGGCUCGGGCAACAUGGCACGCAACGACCCGACGCGGCCGGAGCUGGCGCGCGCAGCGCAGGACGUCGGACCCUCGCCGGGGCUGCUGCAGCGCGGCGGCAGCGGCGUCGCGACCGACGAGUUCCAUUAUGGGCGUGGUGGGGCUGCGAAUGUGGGCCGUCAGAGCGAGGAGGAGGAGGUGAUGAUGAGGGCGAGGGAGGGGAAGGAGGGAGAGGCCCGCGUUGGUGGUGCGGUGCUGCCUGUGAAGGCUGGGGCGGGGGUGGGCGGCGCUAGGAAUGCCGCUGCUACUACUGCUACUACUGUGGCUAAGGAUGGCGCUGGCGCUGGUGCUGGUGCUGGUAGUGAGGGCAGGGGUGCCGCUCACGGUGCUGCUCAUGGCGGUGCGCUGGGGAAGGCGGAGCCUGUGGACGGCGAAGGAGAGCACGAGAAGGGGCUGGGCGACAAAGCGAAGGAUCUACUGGGGAAGGUUGCGGGGAAGAAGUGAGGCGGCGAGGCAAUGGGCGCGCGGUGUGCCGCGUUGGGUUGAGACGGUGAGGAGGUUGGGUGUGUGAGCGUGUGUGGCGUCGAGGCGACACGACGAUGGCUAAGGUGGUGUGGCAGGGCAGGGCACCACCACCACUCGCUGCGCUGCUGCGAGAGACGAGCCACGUCUGCUUCCGCGCUAUGCCUGGAAAGUUCUUGUUUCAUUGAUACCUAUUUGCUUGGGCGCGACAGG